AUGUCUUUCCGCUCCGCGAUACGUUACUUUGGGCUGAUUCUAAUUCUCAUUCCCUUCAUUGCAGCAGGCUUUCAACUGAUCUCCAAUCCAGCGGUAUCUGCCGUGUUGCUGGCGAAGAGCAAUUUCCCCAAAAUGUUGAAAAUGGCCGGCGUUGAGUACCGACUUAGCGCCUCUGACUACGCGGUUUUAACUCAGGCGUUUGGUGCUCUUUUGCUCGCCUUCUCUCUCUUCAUUUUGCUGGGGGUGGGCCGGUGCUUCUUCGCUCUCUUGUUGGUGAUAAGCACUUUUGUCCUUACGGUUGCCUUUCACGUGAACCUUGACGACCCAAUGAAGAUAACCGACAGUGACCUCUUCCAAUUGAUGAAGAACGUGUCCAUUAUUGGUGCCCUGCUCUUCGUUGCGGGCAGCGGGCGGCUGUCGCAUCGCUAUUCAAUGGCGUACAAAGAGGCAGAAAUAGGGAAGAAGAAGCGCUAA